CAAACAUGUCCCAAUAAUUAGGGAGUAAAUUGCUAGAACUCUCCCCAUCUGACCAUCUGCGUUUCAAUCAUCCAUGGCCACCAGGCUAGCGAGAAAGCUGCCAUCAUCGUUCUCUGCGUUUUCCUCGUCUCCGAUUACCAAAUUGACGUGGGGCAUCUCACCUCCGUCGAUGAGCCAUGGCGGACCCGGACUCAGGUGUGCCUCCUCUUCCUCUUCCUCUUCCUCAUCAACAACAACGACUGGAUCAAAUUCUUCAUCUUCUAAGCGUGAGAAGAAGAUAACAGACCGUCUAUCAGCUGCCAUAGACGCCGUCAACGACCGUAAACUCCCUCCCGAGCUCCGUGGCCAACGCAACAAAGUUAGAUCGGAAACCGACAUCAUCAACGUAGUUGAGCAAAGAAUAUGGCAUUCAAUGGAAGAGGGUCAGUUCGAGAAUUUAGCAGGGAAAGGCAAACCUCUUAACCUUAACACAACUCCUCAUGCAGAUCCAGCUGAAGACACCCUUUAUAGGAUACUCUCGAAGAACGGAUGUGCUCCCGAGUGGGUAGAACUUAACAAAGAGAUCAGGAACAAAGUAUCCGAAUGGCGAGUCGCUUUGAAGAAAGCAUGGACAAGCAAAUGCAAUGGAAAUGAUGAAGAAAAAUGGAUUGAGCGUUGUGAAUCGUUGAAGAAGCAAUUACGUGACAUUAACGAUAAGGUUUUCCGGUAUAAUUUGAUCGUUCCGUUCGGCCGCCAAAUGUUCGGAUUGAAAUGGGAAAAGGAAGUGGCCCGCCUUGAAGAAUAACUAGUAUGUUUUCUUCUUCAAGUUUUUGUUGAUGUAGGCAUUUUUAAAUGUUGGUCGGUUUUUGAGGAUCCCAAAAUCUCAAUUAAUUACCGGAUUGAAUAAAUUAUGACUUGACAUAAGUCGAGUUCAAUGACCCAUUUGAAAUGAGUAGAUGACAUGGGAGUUGGGGUUUCACCGUCCGCUAGAUGUAUUUUUUAUUAGAAUAUUAUUCUUUUUAUUUAA